CCGCGAAAAGCGCGCGCAAAGACGGAGGUGUGUUUAGUAGUUGCUUUGAGAACGCGGUUAAAGUAGAUGAUAAGUUUUUUUCUCUUGACCUCAGUACGUUACUAGCUCUCUGCGCAAUGGACGAUGCCGAGUUGGACAUCGACGCUCUUGAUGAACUACUUGGUCAAGAGCUCAUGGAAGCGGGUGAAGAUCAAGCCAAUCAAGCUCCCUCAAAGACGAUAAGCGAACAGGAUACUACCGCUCGAAAGAGCGAAGAUGAACCGUCCUCCACUGCAGCCAUCGAAAAGCAGCUACGCGAAAUGCAAGAAAAGAUGGAGAUGCUUCGUAGGCAGCUCGAAUCCCAGAAAUCGUCCCAACCGAAAGACGAUUCCGCAAGCAAGCCCAGCGGUAGCGGAAGCAGCUCAGUACCCACGCGAAAGCGCUUGAAACUCGUGGAUGAAGAUAUAUUCGGCGACGCUAAAGACGACGGUAUGAAUAAGGAGCCGGUAACUUCGAUGGAGAAAAGUGUCGUGCAUUCAGGUGACACGGACUCGUCGGAUGACGAGAAACGUUAUCCGACCGAGGCGGGUUUGAACAAAAUGGGCAAGAGCAUUAAGAGAAGUCUCGAAGAACGAAAAUCGUCCGGCUUUUCGUCGCGACCACCUGUUGACACGUGGAAAGACACUAAGCGCAAAGGCACGCUGCCGCUUGAUGGCCUUGAUGGAAACGGAGUGAGGGAUCCUUACUCUGGCAUACGAAUCAUACGACCUCUGGUGGAAUCAACAGUCAUGGAAGCUCGGAUGACUGGAAGAAAAAUGGUCAAGAUGUCCAUGGUGCCAAGUUUUGUUCAGCAGAAAAAGAUCGACAUUGACUGGGUUACAGUCGGUGUGCUAGUCAACAAAUCACCACCGAAGACGUCCAAAAACGGAAAGCCGUUCUCGAUAUGGAAGUUGACAGAUCUGCAAGACUGUGAAAACCUUGUCUGCGUUUUCCUCUUUGGCGAUGUACAUGAGAAACACUGGAAGACAUCGGUCGGCUCUGUAGUUGGUUUUCUGAACCCAUCAGUCAUGCCAAACAAAGAUAGUUUCAGCAGUCGAAAAGAAGUGUGCCUCAGUAUAGACCACCCUGGCAAAGUGAUGCUGAUGGGAACAUCCAAGGAUUUCGGAACGUGCAAAGGCAAAACCAGAGAUAAUCAACCCUGCACAAAUGUAGUCAACCUGUCAACUUGCCCAUACUGCGUGUACCACGUCAAAGCAGAGUACCGUAAGAUGAGUUCCAAGCGGACUGACCUUCAGGCAUCGUAUUCUGGUGUUGCACCGAGUGGACUGAAGCAGAAAGUCCUCAAGAACAGCCAAGUCAUCUACGGGGGCCAAAUGUUCAUGAAUCCCACACGAGAGGCAACAAAAACACUUCGUACAAAAGACAAACUCAUCCUAAGCAAUCUCAAGGUUGCCAGACAAGCGGAGGAGCUCGAGAAGUCGUCACGGCAUGCCGCGGCAGAAGCCAUCAAGUUGAGGCACCUCUCUUCAUCAGAGAACCAGGCCAUCAACACAGUUGCGUCCAAGUCGGACUUUCUAGGCAAGGCACUUUGCAAUCCCGGUGCUGGCUCUCGUAACUUCCUUCGCCAUGUGGUGCACGAGGCAGACUCAACAUCUGCAGCAUCCUCAAAAAAGGAAAUGAUAUCUAUCACUGCGAAGGACCUCCUCAAGAUGCACAACGGCAGCAUGAAGUCACCUGCAGGUGCAUCUCUAGACUCCAAGAGGACCGCCUCAACGUUGCAAGCGAAGAGUUUGAGUGCUGUCAGCCCUAUAAGCUCUGUUUCAGCACCGUUGCCGAGACUAACUGCGUUGACUCCCUCUGAGAUUGCGAAGCUGAGAGCUGCAAAAAAGUUGAGUGCGAAGGCUCCUCUUGUGCGACAAGACCCCAACGCUGUGAAAAAAGACACAACGUCCUCUGAAGUACAAGCUAAGAUUCAGAGGAAGCUUGAGGAACCUGCCGCGUCAAGCAAGGUGGCCCGAGAUGACGAAUUUGCAGAAAUGCCAGCAGCUAAAAGAAGCCGUCUGGGGCCAGAAUUGACUAAGGAGGAAGUGGAGAAGCUGCUUCGUCAGAAGUCAUCUCACGCUCACCAAGUGGACGAUAUUGAGCAAGAACAGGAGGAGCAGUACUUUAGUGUACUGGAGAAGAAGGAGCAGCUGGAAGAAAAGAUGCUGUCUGUCACGGAAAUACAGUGCGAUGUGGUGUCCUGUAGAAAGUGCAACUACACAGCUCAGCAGGCGUCCGACUUGUGCAAGAAGGAAAACCACGCCCUAAAACACCACAAGGCCAUGAAGCGUUUCUUCCGUUGCAAGGACUGCAGUCAUCGCACAGUCACCUUUGCGAGGGUUCCAGCUCACAGCUGCCGGAAGUGCAAUGGCUCCAAUUACGAAAGAACAUCCAUGGGAAAGCCAAAGCCUGGCCCCAUGCUUGACAGCGAAAAAUUAUUGAUUCGUGGCGAGGAGAUCAAGUUCCUGAACAAGUGAUCAUGUUGACUUCUCUUAUUAUAAGUUUGCAAUCUGUCAUCUGCGCUGCAGUCUCAUACACAUCAUCGCGCCCUAUUUCACUUCCGCGACAAUUGUAUCAUGUCCGUUACAACGUCCAUCAAACAUUGUCCCAUAGGAUGUAGACACAACGUCGUAUGAUGUACUGCUCAUCAUGAAAUCUUUUGCACUACUUCAGGCAUUGACGACAGGCUGCUGAUGAUAAUUGUGUUGUCAACUGAUAAGUCACAUAAGUGUGGCUUGUAAAGCCAUUUUUAGGUGUUAUAACUUUUUCACAAGUUUUACCAAAGUGGUUUUAUCCAUUUACCUUGUACAACUUGUACAACAUAAACGGAUUAAUAAACAAUGUACAUGCAUAGAUGUGACUUAUGUACAAUU